AUACAAUUUGAAUCGCAGCGGUGACUUUGCUCAAUUUUACCAGGAUUUGCGCCCACUCAGCUUACCUGCGUAUUUACAGUUAUAAUCAAAUCGAGAUUUAUAAACAUAAGCUCCUGGAAAUGUAAAUUUCUGUAGGAGUGAAUUUUUAUUGUCCUGUGAUAAUUUGCGCCAUGCCAAUUGGUUUCAAUGACCCAAAACCUGCAAACAGUUUUUGAAUUGAGUUCAAAUCAUUGAUAUUAUUUGCAAAAAAAUUAAGUUAUCCGCACAAUGAGCUUACGAUUUCUGUAAUUAUUUCAAAUCUUAAAAAAAACAGUUGUAAAUCUGAAAAGUCAUGGAAACUAUAGAGCUCAAUAAAUCUGACACAAGCAAUUUGAAGUCCAAAUCAGCCGAUUUUGAAGCGAACAACAAGGUUUCAAAAUCGAAGCGUUUAGGCGACAAAACCGAAAUAAAAUCACCCGAAAGAGAUUCCGCAGAAGAUAAGCAAAAACUUGGCGAAGUAAAAGACGAGGAGUUAUAUGUUAAUGUGAGCAGCAGCAGCAAAAAGAGCAACGAACCCACUUUGUUGACAGUUGAAGAAGACGACGAUGACUUAGAUUAUGAUAUAACACUUACGUCAUCUAACGUGGCUGGUGGUGCAGAUGAGGACGUGUCAUUUGUUUCGGUGGUGGAGCCUUCGCCGAUGGGACUAUGCACCUUAUUUGAGGAAGAAGAUUUGGUCACCAUUGGAGAAAUAGCUCGUUUCUGGAUGCAGAUUCAGAAAACCCAAUCUGAUUCCAACUCCGUCGAAAGCCAAUCAGAAGUAGCUUCCAACAUCAACGAAGCAGUUCUCUGUCUGUGUGAACAAAGUGUGAAAACUCUACUCAAACUCUACCAAACUUGCCCGUUGAGAUUUUUCGCCGACCAAUUGAAAAUCAGUCCCCAUACAUUGUGCAUUACACUUCAGGGUAACGCAGUCGCUCUGGACAUCCAAGUUCAGUCGGGAGGGGGCGACGGUGACUCGUGGGAUUUUUUUGACGCCCCCGAGCGACAUGAUUUGCAACUGCAACAUGAAUUGAUUAACAUUUCGAAUAUUUUCACGAAGCAAGACGAAGAAAAUGCUAUCAGAAAAUUUGCAGCAAGGUGUCACAUUUACUCUCUGGGGCUAACACUGAAGACCAUUUGGGACCUCAGAUUCUUCUCAGUCAAAGAUGAAAAAAAGAAAGACGACAAAGAUCGUGUAGUGUUUGACCUUGAGAAGGAACUGGCUCUGCUGCUGAACAAAAUGUCCCACCACAACGCCCAAAAGAGACCGGAUAGCCUAUCGGAAGCGUACGAAGAGAUCAGAACCCUCUACAAAACUUACUUUCUCGAAGGUCCAAACAUCUCUUCUCAAAGCCAAUGCGCAAAAGUUUCAAGCCUGACUUUCAACGCUAUUUUUGCUGCAUCUGCUCAAAGUGAGGCUAUGGGCAAUAAAGUACUGGGACAUGAUGAAAUUGAUGUUGAUGUUGAUUUGGGAAAAUACGGCGAUCAGUUCGGAGAUUUGAGAUCGGAAACAAGGAGCGCAACUCCGGAAAAAGGAAAAUCGGGAUACAUUUCAGCGCCCAAAACAGAAACAAAAGUGUCGAAUUUGGAUCUGGACGAUGCAAGCGAGAAAGAAUCAGUUGCAUCCGAAGAUCCGAUUGUCAGACCGAAGUCGAAUGUCCGGCGACAACUUCUUCCCGACACUGGAAGCGGGUCCGAAGAUGAGGGAACUUACGAGAUCAAUUGCUCCUCCGAACGGGGAUUCGUGUCGGAUUAUGACUCAUCGGUUGACCAAAGCACGAUUGACUCUUCGUAUUACCCCGAAACCGAAACAGAAGCUGAAACCGACGACCGAACUCUGAGCCACGAGUCACUGACGUCAUCCGAGAAAAGUUUGCACGUCGGGGAUUUUGACGUUGGAAAAGACAAUAACGACGAAAACCUGGACAAAACUUUUGAUGUAACUUCAGUUAAACCGGAUGAAAAUUACAGUCAGAGUGUCAAUAAUGAGCCAAUUCAAAAGCCUCGGACGCCCAUUGAAAUCGACAAAAAUGUGGAAAAUCUCAUCAAAAAUGAUUUAGUCUAUGACAAAAGUUUGAAAUCCACCGAAUUUCAAACAAGAAAACCUCAAAAUGAAAAUCCAAUUCAAGUAGUCAAGACUAUUGCUAAUCAGCAAUACGAUCAAAAUAGUUCAAAUGAAAGUAUUUCAAGGCCAUCAGCGCCAUCAAUUGGCUCACGGUUAGCUCUUAGAUUAGAGGGCACAUGUACACCAGAUCGGGAUGGAAGAUUGACCACCGAGCCCGUCUCCGAACCUAUCACCUCCGCAUCUUCAGGAACCACUAUAGUUCCGAUGAACCCUAGACGCAGCACAGGUCCGUCGGACCGACGACAAAACAAAGCGAAAGAACUGGGGAAGACCAAAGCCAGAGAUCCAUCGCCGUUUCCGACUCAAAAACAGACUUUCACAUUUGAUACGAGCAUUUUAAAAAGGGCACCGCCAAACUAUAAUCCCGACAAAGAACAAAGUCUUGCAGCUGAAACAGUUAAAAAUGAUGAAAAUCCUAGAAGCCCAGAGUUUUCAUAUCCUUCUGUUGUUCAGGCUCCGUCACUUAGACAGUCAAGAUCAGAGCCGCCGAGUAACUUCAAGUCAUCUGCUACACUACCAAUGAAAAAUGCUUUUCCCUCGAAACCCUCAGAACCGGUUCCAAUGAGUCUCCCGCCACCUCGGCGACAAAAGGAGCCAGAAAAAACGCGAGCGCCGAAAGCAAAAACAGACAGAGGAAAAGUAAAUGCAGCGGCUACGUUUCUUUCGAAAACAAUUCAAGGUGAGAUCGAAAAAGAACGCUCGACCCCGACUUCGGUUUCGGAGUACUCGGCGUCUGAAGCAACAUCGUCGACAAGGUCAUCAGUUGAAGAUUUGUUCUUUUUCAGUGGCACACCUACUGCACCGGGUCGAAAAAUAAGCUACGAGCUCGGAAGCGAUGAAUUGAGAUCUCCUCUUGAAAAUUCGAGAAGUCGACGAAGCAGUGCCGGGUCAUCGAGUCCGAUGUCACAGUUCAAUUACUACACAGUGAACCGAAACCAAACUCCGCAAUCUCAAAAUAUGGCUAGAAAGUCGCCGCCUAAUUUUCACAAAGCUCCAGCUCAGUUUGUACCAAUUAGCCAAGCUAAUAUCCCAAACCAAGUUUUUGAAUAUCAGCACGAAAAUGACAUCUCGCCCGCCACGAAACGUCAAUCUUUACUUGCUUUCUACGGACUAACUGGUCCACCGACGAACUCUCCCAAGUUUGCUCACCUCGUCAGACGAUUAAGUGAGCCGAGAAUCAGUACGCCCUCGCCAACCAGUCAAAGACCACCAAGCCGACCAGUUUCAACCAAUCUUCAGUCAAUUGGAACUCCUUCGUCGCCAUUGGUUACUCCUCGAUCUGUGAGCUCUCCAAUCACGACAGUUAACCAGCGAUCUGUGUAUUCCCCUGUCUCAUCCAAUCAGCGAAUAGCAAGUUCUCCAACUAUUUAUAAUCAGCAAGGAAUGAGUUUUGUGACCAAUCAGAGAGCAGCGAUGUCACCGUCUCCAAUCAACCAACGAGUUGUUAGCUCACCAGUUUCAGCCAAUCAGAUGCAAGCACGUUCGCCAGUUCAAUUUGAUAAUUCGUCGUCACAUGCACCUGUUUUUGCUCAAACCCUGUCCUCAGGGUCUAAAGCAACAAUGCCUCGAACCCGAUCGAUGGAUACGGUUUCAAUCGCUGCGGGAGGAAACAGUCCUAGCCCCAGCUCAAGCUCGGGUGGGAUAAACAUGCUGGACAAGUAUGUGGAAAAAUUGGUGAAAUCUAGAAGCUCAGAACCGCCUAACUUUGGAAAACCAAAAGCACAGUCACCGAUUCCUGUUGGGUUCGCUCAUAAACAAGUUCGAGUACCGCCAAGUCAAAGUAAUCCGGAUUUCGUUUCCAUAGUUCAUCAUGAUGACUCAAACAUCUCGAUGUAUGAUAACAAAAGUUACGGACAGCCUCAACUAUCUUUCGGAUUUUCCCGAUUUGACCAAAGUUCGCCAAUGCAAAUGCAAAGCACUGGUAGCCGCUCGUUUCUCAACUUUGGACAGCAGAAUUCGUCGAGCAAUUCUCAUAUUAGCGAUCGAAGUUUCGAAAAUCAAGGAAAUAUGCCGCGCAAUUUCAAACCCGUGAAUAUUUCACUUCCGGUUGAAAAUCAAUCCUUUCACAAUUUCAGCGUGUCGCGAAAUGUGAUGAAAAAUACUCAAUUUAGAAUUCAAAAGGACUGCAUUCAAGUUCUUUCUCCUGAAGACGGGAGAGAAGCUACAAUUCACAGGAAUUCGAAUUCGGCUCCUGUUGAAAUUCAAAUUGGUAACGGAGGGGUGAAUAUCAGUUUUGGAGGGGGCCCUGGAACUGAUUUACUCGGAACCGAACUGGGAGCCGUAUACCCAAUGAGACGAAGCAGUAACAAUAGUAGAAUCAGUCUCAAUUCGGUCCAAAGCGACAGAUUUCAAAGCGUAAACUUCAUGCAAGAACCAGAUGAUGAUUAUUUAUGAUCAGCUAAAAAAUAGUUGAUAAAAACACUAUUUUAAUUGCAAUUUUUGUACCAGCUUCAUUUAUUUUUUAAUAGCUACUUGAUUAGAUGAAAACUUUCAGCUUAUUGAUA